UAAAAUCGGUGCAGCGUAAGUCGAAAAUGAAGCAGCUGUUUUUUACAUUUUAAUUUAGUCCAGUUAUGCAACUUAAUAUAAAUUACGAUUGGAAAAAUGUCUCUCUUUCAAAUGAAAUGGUUAAGACGUAUCGUGCGACAUCAUACAAAUCCUAUACCUGAAGUACAAGCAGCUCUGUGGAAACGACGUUUAAGUGUUGCUUAUGCCUUGCUUGCGUGGAAUGCUAUUGGCUUUGUGUGUUAUAUGAUUUACAUUGGACGUGGCGAUUGGGCUCAUUAUUACGGUCUGAAAACGGACCAAGAGAAACAGGAAUCGCAGGCUGUGCAAUUCAGUAAAUAUUUAAAUGUAGAGAAAGGGAAAAUUAUACGUUUUUCAGGGUUUCAAAAAAGAGAAGAGUUGGAAUUUGAUAACCAAAAAAGUGCUAAGUGAACAGAGAUCGAUACAUAAAAUGUUUUGACAAGAUUUUUACCUUUGAAGUAAUAAAGAGUUUUAUAUGCGUAAAUAAGGCUAGUCGACAGCUUUUUUUAUAUUCCUUUAUAACAAAGUGGUGACUUUGUGCCAAGUUUUUGAAAUUGCUUUAAUAACUACGUAGGAAAAAAAAGAUGGAAUUAGUGCGACAACAAUAGAAAAGUGCGUAUAUGUCCCGUAGAAAUUUUUGGAUAUGUCAACAGCCAGACAAAAAA